AUGUCAUCGUCUUAUGAUCCAAGAAAGCUUACUUGGAAUGACGCGCAUACUGUAAAUAAAGAACAUCAAUAUUGUUACUGUGGUGGUGAUAGAAACUUAACUGAGGUGUCUCUUCAGUGUUCUGAUUGUUUAAAUUGGUUUCAUGUAAAAUGCAUUCAAAUUUCGGUCGAUACUACUAUUCCAAUUUUUACCAACUAUAUAUUUCAUUGUAAACUAUGUAAUCCUUCGGGUGAGGAAAACUUUAAGCGAUGUCAAGCUGGUUGGAAAGAAAUCGGUGGUUGCGCGAUUGCAAAUCUUAUGCUUCAGCAACACAUGGCUGAUCAUAAUGCCUCAAAAGGAGAUAGCCGUUAUCUAUCUGCAAAUUCUUCGAAUUUGUCUCCAUUUCGCUAUUAUUUUAAUAAAAAUGAACAUUUACGUCCGUUUGUAGAUAAAAAUUGGUCUUCUUUAUGCACUGAACGGUCUAGGACUGCAACUUGGUGGGCCACUCUUGGUUCAUGUUUAUAUUCAACAAAAGAUCUUUUUGUCGCAAAAGAUGAAAACAAUCGUUCGGCAAGUUCAAAUUUUUGUCUAGUCGAUCCAAAUUUAUGGAAUAUUAGGCCAGGACAUUUUGGGACAUCUCAUUCUCGAACUCCUUCUAAAUCAACUAAAGAUGUUAAUAAUAAUAACCGUAUAAAUCAUCAUGAUAAUUCUUCUGCACAUGCUUCAUCUUCAAAACUUUCAAUAACUUCUAAUGAGCAAAGUAUGACUCCACCUGCAAUGCAAUCAAAUUCUUCAAAUGCUGUAAUUGCCUUAAUUCAAGCAAGUUCUUCUAAUACUGAAUUUGGUCAAUCUGGUGAACAAAAUAAUUUACGCCAUGGUUUCAAAUAUUUACCUUGUGAACUUGAUAAUUUGUUUCCAUAUAUACAAUAUCGUAAUUCUGAAUUAUCUCCUUAUGGUGUACGUCUUUCUAAAGAGGAUGCAAGUUUAUCUGUAUGGAUUAGUGGUGAUCAAUUAACUACUACUACUGAAUUUGGUUUUUCAAUGGCUAGAGCGAAUUGCUCUGUAAAAGAAGGUCAAUGGUUUUAUGAAGUUUUUAUUGAUCGAGGUGGUGAAGGUAAAAUUGAUGGAAAAGAUGCUGCUCAUGUCAGAGUUGGUUGGGCUCGUCGAGAAGGAAAUCGUAAUUCUCCUGUUGGUUCUGAUGGUUAUAGUUAUGGUUUCAGAGAUCUCACUGGUCAUAAAAUACAUCAAUCAAGAUUAUAUCCUUAUGGUGAACCUUUUAAAACUGGUGAUGUUAUUGGUCUUUACAUAUGUUUACCUUCAUUAAAAAAAGUUCUUCCUGGAUAUCAACCAAUAAGUCCAAAAAGGCAUAGAAUUCCUAUAUUAUUUAAAGGUGAUACUAUGUUUGAAUAUAAAGACUUUAAACCUACUCAUAAAAUGAAUCAAUUACUGGAAUUACCUGAAAAAAAAAAUGAAAAAAAAUAUUGGUGGCAACAAAAACAAGAUGAAUCAAAAACUUCUUCAACUUCUCAACCUCCUGUAUUUUCAACUUUACCUGGUUCAAAAAUUAUUAUUUAUAAGAAUGGUGUAUGUCAAGGUGUUGCUUUUGAAAAUUUAUUUUCUUUUUUCCCUACCGUUGAUGAAUACACUAAUGAUGACGAUUUAACUGAAGAUGAUGGUUCUCUUGGUUAUUAUCCUGCUGUAUCAAUGUUUCGUGGUGGUACUUGUACUUUAAAUUUUGGUCCUCAUUUUCGAUAUCCACCACCACCUGAUCCCGAACUAGAAAUUUCUUCUUUAAACAAUUCAUCAACUACUAAUGAUAAUAACAAUUCAAAGAAAUCUUCAAAUAUAACUGAUGGUGUACGUAAAUGGCGUCCAAUAUCUGAAAGAUAUAUGGAAUAUGUAGCUGAGGAUAUAUUAAAUGAUAUUGUUGAUGAAAUUGAAAUUUGGGAUUGGAUGGUAUCACAAAAACAAUCUCCUAUAAAACGGCCUGUCGUUGUGGAUUUAUCUGAUGGUGGUAUUAUGAAAAAAAGGAAAUUAGAUGAAUCAUACGGUGAAACUUCUGGUGAUACCCUGACAUCUCAUCAUAUUUAG